AUGUCACCCGAGGGGUCUGUGGCCAAGAAGGAUGCCGGCAUUCAAGUCGAAGCUGAUCCGGAUGAUUUCGGAAAUCAGGGAAAGACGCAUCGGGUGAGGAAAGAGAAGGCCGAAACAUCACGGAAGACAUAUCGUGGUCGAUGGGCAUCUACGCUCUAUCUACAGGCCUAUCAAUUGAUAUUAUGGAAGCAAUGCCAUGCUCUCGUCGAGGAUCAUGGGUUUCCAGAGCAAUUCGAGGGAGUUGUUCGAGAUCUCUGGGCCUUGAGACUUCGAGGCUUUUCCACGCGAAUCAAUGAAACUUCUGACGAAGACGAUGAUGAGCCGCAAAUAUUUAGCUCUCAGGCAACACCCGCAGAAUCGGAGAACGGCAGUGCAGAUGAAUCGGGGUUCAGGCCAGAAUCCCACUUUCUCCAAUGGCCUCGUUUGCUUGACUCUGUCGGCAUUUGCUAUUUGGCAGCAGUCUUGAUGCGCCUUCCUCUUUGUGUAGUUGACGUGCAUCGCUUGAUCAUUCGUCAAGAGAUUCCUUAUAUACGAGCUACGAGGAGUAUUCCCCUCGAGAUGAGUGAGAAACUUCCUCCGGAAUUUGUUGCAAUGCUUGAAAUCAACAACAUGCCCAAACCCGAGCGAAUGCAUCGUGGAUUUAUCGAGCUGGGUGCUUUCUACAGCCGUCGUUUCGGCAUUACGCUGCCGCCUCUAAAUGCGCCUCUUGUGCUUUACCGGCACAUCAAAAGAAUGGCCGUUCCCAUCGAUAUAUAUGAGACGGCCAAAACCCUGCAGGGCAUUCUUGCAAUUACAUUUGAAUACCCCACACGAAUUCGAGGCAAUGGACGAAAGGAAGCUCUCAAGCUGCCUGAAGUACAGGCCAUUGUCCUUAUCAUUCUGGCAACCAAAUUGCUAUUUCCUUUUGAUGAUUUGAAAAGAAAUCCCGCCACGUCCAAGGAACCUGCAACUCAGACCAUAAAUUGGCAUGGAUGGGUGCAAGCCCAGCGACAAUUCAGCAACCAUGAGCAAACCGGUGGCCAGCUUGGAAAGGAGAAACUUAUGCGCAUCACCGAUCAUGAUGCAUUGGGCAUGAACAACUCCGAAAUCGAUCAGUACAUGGACUGGUAUGAGAAGGACUGGCUGCAUGAUACCAAGACAAUCAACCCGAUUGCGGAGAUGUUCUCAACUAGUCGGCCAAGUGCUGAGGAUCAGUCAAAUUCAGAUGCUGAACCGGUUCCAACUUCGGGUACAGACACGGACGAAGCACUUAGGGCAUUGUUGCAAGCAGUUAUGGCAGACCUCAAACCCGUCUCUAUGGAUCCCAGUUCAAAGGCCUUGCGACCGGGCUCUUGGUAUGCUCGUUACCGAUGGGAAUCGCAACUCCCAGAGCCUGCGCGGGCCUUCUACGAAUUGGGGGCUCAGCUUGCUUCCAUAUCAUUGACAACGCUUGUCCGGGCCGUUUCCGUGGCAGAAUGGAGGGUCGCAAAGUUUCUCCUCAAUCAACGGCGGGACGAAUACAUGAUGGAGUGGGGAAUGGAAGAGGAGCUUGAAGAGGAUGAGGUGGACCACCUUGAUGAGCAAUUUUCUGAUUUAGAAGGUACCCCCAGCUCGGUCCACCCUGUGCUAAGCGAAGCACCGCAACAAAUUGUCAUUGCCUCCUCCGCCUCGAACACAGCGACCGACCGCCGACAACAACGAAAACUCGCAACCAUGCAGAUUUUCGUCAAGACCCUGACGGGUAAGACCAUUACCCUCGACGUCGAGUCGAGCGACACCAUCGACAACGUCAAGACCAAGAUCCAGGACAAGGAGGGCAUCCCCCCUGACCAGCAGCGUCUGAUCUUCGCUGGCAAGCAGCUCGAGGAUGGCCGCACUCUGAGCGACUACAACAUCCAGAAGGAGUCCACCCUUCACCUUGUCCUCCGUCUGCGUGGUGGUAUCAUUGAGCCUUCCCUGAAGGCCCUUGCCUCCAAGUACAACUGCGACAAGGCCAUCUGCCGCAAGUGCUACGCCCGUCUCCCUCCCCGUGCCACCAACUGCCGUAAGAAGAAGUGCGGUCACACCAACCAGCUCCGCCCCAAGAAGAAGCUCAAAUAG